AUGCUCUCAAGCUUUCUCGCGCUCUUUACGAGUAUCAUUCUCGCCUCGUCUACCCUCGUAUCGGGCCUAGGAUCCUACUGCGAUGUGGAAGUGAACAAGGGAACGGCAGCCCCUGGUGAUCCCUACUGGUUCGGUAACAUCACCCACCGUGGAACCUCCGCCUUUAAUCCCGACCCCAAUUCAUAUAAGGUCUUCCGCAACGUCAAGGACUUUGGUGCAGUGGGUGAUGGUCUCACGGACGAUACAGCUGCAAUCAAUUUGGCAAUGUCGACUGGGGAUCGGUGUGGAAAUGGGACGUGCCAGUCUUCUACACUUACACCUGCAAUCGUCUAUUUCCCCCAAGGGACGUAUCUCGUCUCGUCAGCAAUCAACACAUAUUAUUACACCCAAAUGAUUGGAGAUGCCAGGAAACCACCCACUUUACUCGCAAGUCAUAAUUUCACGGGUUUUGCGGUCAUCGAUGCGGAUCCUUACAUUCCUGGCGGAGGUGGAUCACAGUGGUUCAUCAAUCAGGACAAUUUCUAUCGUUCGAUCCGGAACUUGGUUAUUGACUUGCGUCAAAUGAACGUGUCUGCACCUGCUAUUGGUAUACACUGGCAGGUCUCACAGUCCACUUCACUAAUGAACAUCGUCGUGGAAAUGUCUUCUGAAAAUGGAACUCAGCACAAGGGUCUGUACAUGGAGAAUGGAAGUGGCGGUUUCAUGGGAGGCUAUGCUGGCCUUUCUGUCGGCAAUCAACAGUUCACUGUCCGUAACUUGACUGUCAACAACGCACAAUCUGCUAUUCUCGGUGCUUGGACGUGGGGCUGGACAUAUCAAGGUGUCAUCAUCAAUAACUGUUCAAUCGGUUUCAACUUGACGACAGGCGGUACCACAUCGGCCACUCAGUCUGUCGGCUCUGAAGCUAUCAUUGACGCUGUUGUCAUCGACACUCCCAUCUUCAUCCAAACCUCGAACUCGAGCAACGGUACCCUCCACGGCUCGCUUGUGCUCAACAAUAUCAACCUGCACAACGUGCCCAUCGCUGUCACGGUUGCAAAUGGGAGCGUCGUUCUCCCUGGCGGGACAGCCUACAUCCCGUCCUGGGGCCAGGGUAACGUGUUUACGGGUAUGGACCCACACCCCAAGUUCACGCAGGGUGAGAUCCAGGCGGCGAACAAGCCAUGGAAUGUCCUUGAUGCGAAUGGGCGUGUAUUUGGGAAGAUGCAUCCACAAUAUGAGAACUGGGCGGUGAGCCAGGUUGUGAGUGUCAAAGAGGAGGGGGCGAAGGGUGAUGGAGUGACGGAUGAUACGGAGGCGAUAAGGAAGGUUUUUGAGAAGUACGCUGGAUGCAAGAUCAUUUUCUUCGAUGCAGGCACGUACUACAUCACGGACACUAUCGACAUUCCGGGCGGAAGCCGAGUAGUGGGUGAAGCAUGGUCUGUCAUCCUCGCUGGUGGAGAAAAGUUCUCAGACCAACUGCACCCUCAUGUCGCUGUUCGCGUCGGAGAAGCCUACGAGAGAGGAGUUGCAGAGAUUUCUGACAUCAUAUUCUCCACAGUUGGCCCUGCCCCCGGUGCCAUUGUGAUCGAGUGGAACAUCCACGACUCUGAUGGUGAGCAAGGUGUUGCUGGCAUGUGGGACAGCAUUAUCAGACUUGGAGGAUCCGCUGGCACGAACAUGCAGUUUGACAACUGCCCAGCUGGGAAUUUAAGUCCUGACUGCCAAGCUUCUUUCCUCGGUAUUCACCUCACCCCUGGGUCCAGCGCAUACUUCGAGGGUACUUGGGUAUGGACCGCUGACCACGAUCUCGACUCGCCACUGGGCAAUCAGACUAGCAUCUUCAGCGGCCGUGGAAUUCUUUCAGAGUCUUUGGGCCCAGUUUGGUUUAUUGGUACAGCUUCCGAGCACGCAGCGCUCUAUCAAUACAGCCUUAUCAACGCACAAAACCACUGGAUAGGGUUCAUGCAGACUGAAACGCCUUACUAUCAACCUGCCCCUGCCCCGCCCGCACCUUUCGUCGACAAUGCGGAGUAUCACGACCCCGUGUUCGGUGGUCCCAUCAAUAUGGCGUGGGGUCUCCACGUGAGAACGUCUUGGGAUAUCAUUGUGUUCGGUGCUGGAUUCUAUAGUUUCUUCCAGAACUAUACUCAAGUCUGUGCCAGCACGUUCAACUGUCAAGAACAGAUCUUCAAUAUCGACAAGACAUCUACGAUUCAGGUGUACAGUCUGUCGACGGUGGGCACUACGAACCAGUUGAGCGUUGAUGAGCUUGGGGUUGUCAAUGAGGCUUAUGGUCCAGAUGGGUUCCAAGAGACGGCUACCGUGUGGACCCGCUGGUAAACGUGAUCGUGUUGAGCAUCUGCGCAAACGUCAGUCAUUCCGAAUAAGUUUCUUGGAACUGACGUCCAUACGCCACUCGGCUCUUAAGCAUGGUAAAAAAAACAUCGAUGGUUCUCAGACUGUAUCUAAUCUUUAUAUAAUGAUUCUGUGACCAUCUUGUGGGGUUGGGCAUGUAAUUUUCGUCCUAAUGUUGUUUAUUCUUGUCUUACACAAUUACCAAUUACUAGUAUCCCUGGUAUCUGUCCUUUCAUUUCGUACUGAGUGACCUAGAGAAGUAAUCACGCAGCCAUCCAAAUGCACAGAGCGAGCUUGAGACUCCAGUCGAAGGGAAGCUCUGCAUCUCCACUUUAGCAUCGAUGACAACCGCAGCUAGUCCGCUUUCAAGCGCUAUGAAGUAAGUCCUGCAGUGCAUGCGUAUUUUGUAGGAACUCAUACCCAAAGGCUAGGAGCGAAGGCGAUGCGCGAGGAUAUAGUAGCUAUGUAAGCACUCACUCCCAAACCAACGAAUACGGUUUCUACAGGUACAUGGUAACAAGGUCUUCGUAGUUGGCGUCUAGCACACGAUGUUCGUUGCAGUGCGGGACAUGGACAGGUAUAAUUUCGUCCGUGGAAACCUUUGUCCAUCCGAAUGGGUUGGAUACUAACAGGUAAGCCAACGAGUGUUGCUCAAGCUGGAACUGUUCGACCUGUUGCGAGCUGUUCGGCAUCCUGUAUGACAUGUGAUAAUAAUUGUAUAUCCCCAGAGCAAACGAGGGAUCUUUCAUGCAUCCAAGCUGCAGGUCGGGCUUCACGCGGAUAGUCAAAUCUCCAAUCUCGUAUCUGUCGCAAUGGAAUGCAAGUUCAGCUUGACAAAGGGGCGUUAUAGGCCGGAUUAGGACGAACAGCAAAUCUACUUGCAGCCCCAUGCUAGUCAGCAAGAUUUCGUGCUUGGAGAAGAAUGACGACUCUGCGUAGGUCGAUGGGUCGCAAUCAUAGCAGUCGGGUGACGAUGGCAGGGCACGCGAUACCUGUGAAUUGGCUGGAUCGCCUGCCCAGUUGAGGACACCCGGUUUGUAAGACGCUUGCAGGAUCGCUUCAAUGAGCCUGCAGAAUGCUCUCUGUGGCCCUUCACCAUAAGCAAUCGGAAAGCGGACACCAAAUAUACCCAUCAGCGAAUAAGCUCUAUCUUCACCCCUUGUCGUUCUUCUCCUGGCAGCCCAUGGCAUUUGGGACUGUACCGAAUCUGAUCCAGGCGAGAAGGUGAGUAGAUCCGAUUCUGGGAUGCCAGAAGAUUUUGCUAGCGCAGUAAGAAAAGGAGAUGAGUCAAAGUUGGAUAUGUAGAUGCCAGUACGUUCAAUGUCGCGGUGUUUCGAAGUCAGCGGUACCCAUUCUGCACCAAAGAACUUCAUGUUUCGUGGAGCAAGGAGCUCUUGCAGAGUCCACCCUCUCUUGAACCAAGGAUCAUUUGGCAUAUCAGCGAGGGAUGUCGUCUGAGCGAGAUGAACUAUGCAGAUGUGUGCAUUCUUGUACCACUUGAACAUGGAACAUAUAGAUUCGUUGAGUUCUGCGCUGCUGCUUUUGUCGAUACAACAGGUAUCGGCCCAUGCAAGCUCAAUGCCACAUUCACGUGCAGCGCUGCAGAAUUGCGUCAGCUUGUCGUAUCCUGGACUGACAGGCCUCUUUUCCGUCAACAUUUCGUGAUAUCUUGGCUCCCCCUCCGCUAGCCAUCUAUGCGACAGGAUGGCGUAUUGCACGGUCUCCAAAACGAGUGACCUAAUGGCAUCUCGUCUAGGAUCAUCGGGAU